GGUCGGUCGGCGGCGGCGCAUUUUCUGCCCAGAGCGCACGGCGAUGCGGACUCUGAAACGGGGUCAGAAAAUAACAAAAUAUCCGCAAAGUCAGAGGAACGGCGCUCCGUGGCAGCUCGGAGGCGUGCUUUGAAGCUUUGUGGCCUUCCAUCAGGAUGAUAUAAGAUUAUUUUUGUAUGAGAAAUUAGCACUUUAUUUUCUAGGGGUUUAUUUUUCCGUGAAGCGGACGCCACCCGACAUCCGUGUUCUUCCUCCACGCAGCGGGAUAUGAAAGGAUGACCGCCUGAUUUUGUGCUUUCUUUUAUUUUUCCUUUUUUUUCUACGGCUCUACCUCGCCUUUUUCUGUCCUCCAUAAGGCCUUUUUUUAAAGAAGGGGCUCGCUAUGGUGGACGCAAAUGCGAUGAGGAAGACUUUCGUGGUCCCGGACGUGAAACCUUUGGAUCAGUAUGACAUUAACCGAGCCAAGAUCUGCGCCAGUGUGGGCUGGCUGCUGGCGAAAUCUUACGGCAAUGCAGACAGCAUUCCAGCGGAGCUGCGAGACCCUUUUUAUCUGGACCAGUAUGAGCAGGAGCACCUGAAGCCCCCUGUGACACGGCUGCUGCAGUCUCCAGAGCUCUACUGCAGAACCUAUGGCCUGCUGCUAACCGGGGGUCCUGGGGCCAACGGGACUCCGAAAGACAAUGCCGUCCUCUUACAGACCCUGAGCCAGAAGGGCUUAACCCCCAAAGACCAGAACACCACGGUGACCGAAGCUGACCUCCGGCACAAGCCUAUCAAAAUGAGCGCCCACUUAGCAGUGAUGGACGCUUUAAUGGCGGUGGGAGCCAUGGAGACGGUGAAAGCGAGCGGAGGAGUGGAGAGACUCGGGGGAGAAGACGACUGGGAGAGAACACUGCUGCACUGGGUCAACAUGUUAAACGAGAAGCUGAAGGAGCGCACCGAGAGUGACCAAACCCAGCAGAGUUCAGAGCCACAGCCGGUUCAGGCCUCGUGUCCCACCCGCUGGUACUGGAAACUUGUUCCUCUCCGGUACAGGAAGGAUAAGCUGCUGUCUAAGCUCAAGCCCUGUUUUCCUGUGGUGAAUGAAGUGAAGGAUCUCUCUAAUGGCUGUGCCAUAGCUGCUGUCAUACACUACUACUGUCCCGGCCUGCUGCGCUUAGAAGAUGUUUGUAUGAAGGAAUCCAUGUCUUUGGCCGACAGUCUUUAUAAUCUGCAACUUAUUCGUGAGUUCUGUGAAAGUUGUCUGAAGAGCUGCUGCCCCCUGGUGUUGGAGGACAUGCUGUACAGCCCACCUGAGUUACAGGUGAACAUGCUGAGCUUUCUGGCAGAGCUCAUGUAUUGGUUUGAAGUGUCAAAGCCUGAGUUUGUGCAGCCUCUGAACUCCACAGAGCUCACAGAGUCCUCUGGAAGGACAGAAAACGGCAACAGUGGAUCCGGCAGCAGCUCUCCCUCCUUAUUUAAAAGGCCUUUCUUGCCAAUAUCCCCUGCCACUCCAAUUCCAGGCUCACUGACUCAGUCUACCUCAAUGUCUCAUGUAGAGGCAACUGGACGAUCGUGGACUAAAAACCCUCUCAGUCGUCCCCUGUCUUCAGCUGUGUCCUUCAGUAUCCCCUUUGGUCUGGACAGUGAUGUGGACAUAGUAAUGGGUAACCCUGUCAUCAUGCGCUCAGUCAGCUCGGACAACCUAAAUCCUGCGGGACAGCCUGUGAAACAUGCUCAUUACACCCCUCCAGAGGACAUCAGCAGAUCUCCAGGACCUAACGGCCCCCAGCGUGCCUCAUGGGCCUCUCGAAGUCCUGCGGUGCCCUUAUUGGCCGAGGAGAACGGACUUGACGAUGGCGACGCGGCUGGGUUGCCCACCAUUGAGGAAGCUUUGCAAAUCAUUCACAAUGAGGGAAAAAUGGAGCCUCGUUUACAUCCAGACGGCGCACCUGAUGGAUUCUAUUUGCACUCACCAGAUGACCCAGCCAGUCGUAGACAUAACGGUAGCCCUGCUAUUCUCAGUGGUUCUGCUCCUUCUGGUGCAGGAAUGCCGUAUAAGACGACCGGAAGCCGAACCAGACGUACAUCCGAUGGCUCACGGGAUGAUGACUCUGUACUAAGAGACGGCAGCGUGGACUCUGAUGCUUCUGAGGAUUUUCCAAAAACUCAGUCCACACCGGCCACUCCCGCAGCUGGUGCCAGGGUAGCUAAUUCAUCUGGGCAUGAGACCCCAGACAGCGGUGUAAAGAUGACUAGCUUUGCUGAACGUAAAAAGAAACUGGCACAGGAGCAGGCAACUCCCACCGAGGAACAGCAGAUGACCACCUGGGCGGCUAAAAAGACACAGGAGAGUCCCAGCAAAAGCCCAGCACUCAACAAUGAAAUGUCAGAGCUUGGUGCAAGACUGGAGGAGAAGCGCAAGGCUAUCGAGGCACAGAAAAGACGUAUUGAGGCCAUUUUUGCCAAGCAUAGACAGAGGCUGGGGAAGAGCGCCUUCUUGCAGCUAAAGAAAGAGCAGGACGAUGGUGAUGGCAAAGAAGAAGGUGCUGAGGUGCUCAGUGCAUCUUCUACGGGAGAAGAUCUAAGGCGCAUGUCAUUGGACGAGAGGUUAGCACGCAUAGAAAAUGAUGAUGAUGAUGAUGCGAAGCAGGAGAAAGAGCACCCCCCAGAUGAUGGGAAGGUUCCAACUUCUGCACAACAGACCUCUAAAGACAAAACAGUGGCAGGAACCCCUAGUGACAAGACCAGUGUUCCAUUAGGGGAUUACAACAAUGCAGUGUCAAAAUUGAACGCAGCCCUGAGCUCUUUGCAGAGUGAUAUGCAGCGCUUGUCUGAGCAACAGAACCAGCUUUUAAAGAAGAAAAUCCCCCCUGCCAACCAAGCAUGGGUCAUUCCACCCAGCACAAAGACCUCCAAUGCAGCAACGCCUCCACGUCUGUCCAGGGAAUCAACCCGCGACUUGAUACUCAACUCUGCCUCAUCAUCACCUUCGCCAUCUCGCAGAAUCAGUGCUCAAACGAUUCCCCCAAAAUCACCCGGCUCCCACCGCCGGGCUCAAUCUGCACCUCCAAAAAGCCCCAAAAAUCAGCACCACUCAAGGUCCACAGAUCCAAGGACACCUGCCCUCACUCGGGUCAUCACUGCCCCACAAAAUGUGGACAAUAUCCCUCAUCGGCGGAAAGUAUCUCCUUGGCAGUGCAGAGACCAGACUUCAUCUUCCUUUAGCAUCGGCUCACCAGUACCCCAGAGCGACUCCCGACCUCCGUCUCGGCCCCUCAGUGAGGAUCCCAGUGACGACCAAACUGUCUUUAGCCUGGAACUAGAAGGAGGCCCUAACCAUUUUCCGGGCAGGAAGGAACAGCAUGGAGGCAGCAGCUCUGGUGCUCCAUCAGAGUGUUCCUUUGAAAGUGACAUCCCAGCAUCGGCCUUCACCCGCAAACACAGCAAUCUGAUCGAGAUUCCGCUCUCCUCUCUGCAAGGGUUGGACGGAGAGGAUGCUGAACUGGGCCCCGAUGCCGCCUCGGACUCCAUGAGCGACCACACAGAGCCAGAGUUAAAGGGUGGUGUCGGCUUUUUCUUUAAGCAGGACGAGACUCGACCAGAGGACGAGAUGGCUCAGAGGAGAGCUGCACUGCUGGAAAAGCAGCAGAAGAGAGCAGAGGAAAUGAAGAGGAAGAGACAGGAGCAGGAACGAGAGAGGGAGGCCAGCAGACGUAACUCCGUGGAUGAGCUGGAGCGACCCCGGACACCCUGCACUCCUCCUCCAGCUCGCACUCCUCCUCCAGCUCGAACUCCGCCCGCAGCACACACUCCUCCUCCUGAGGGUACUCUGCACCGACGCGGAAACUUUACCCGGCAAGAGUACGAACGCCGCCAUCAGCUCAAGAUCAUGGAAGACCUGGACAAGGUGCUGCGCCAGAAACCCACCACCGUCCGGGGUGUCAAGAAACAGAGGCCCAAAACGGUGUUCCGGGACGAUUCUGGCCUCUCUCGUAGCCCAGCUAAAGGGUUGCUAGGUUCCAGACUGAAUAAAGUAUAUUCUCACUCCACUAUGAACCUGUCCUCUAUGGCCAGCGAUAGUGGGACACUCACCAUCAGGAAAUCCCCAAGUCGCUCUCACUCUCCUUCAAGAUUGAUGUCUCCGGGCCGCAUGGCCACACAGAAUGGUGAUAAGGACUGGGAGAAUGCAUCUACCCUUUCCUCCCCAGCAUCCAUCCCUGAGUACACUGGACCCAAACUGUAUAAAGAGCCAAGUUUCAAAUCCAACAAGUUCAUUAUCCAGAAUGCUAUCACACACUGCUGUUUGGCAGGCAAGGUCAACGAACCACAGAAAAACAAGAUCACUGAGGAAAUGGAGAAGAGCACCGCGAACCACUUCCUCAUCCUCUUCCGGGAUUCAAGCUGCCAAUUCCGGGCAGUUUACACCAUGAACCCCGAGACAGAGGAACUGAUACGUUUGACUGGCAUCGGCCCGCGGACCAUCAGCCUCUCCAUGGUCGAGUCUAUCUACAAAUACAGCUCUGACCGCAAACAGUUCUCGGUCAUCCCGUCCAAAACCAUGUCCAUGAGCGUGGAUGCUUUUACCAUCCCCAGCCAACUGUGGCAGACCAAGCGGCCCGGGACGCCCAAAAAGCUUGGAACACCAAAGUGAAGCUGACGGAUUAUCUGAGGUGACCUACAUCUUAUCUCCCUUCUCCUCUAGCGACAGAACGGUUCGGAGCUGGUGUGGCUUCAGUAGGGAGGGAGGGAGGGAGGGAGAGUUAAAACAGUGUGGCAGUGAUAAAAAAAGAACACACGAUCCUCAGAGACCUAUUAGCGACCCUUGCGGAUCACCUCGGUGUGUAUUUGCUCCAGAUUCAAAAAUCAAAGAAGGAAGAAUGCCAUUAUUUCGCUCCCAAGCCGUCACAACGCCAACAUCUGGGCCGACUGGAUUAUCGUGUACAAAACCCCUGUAUAUGUGUACUUUUCCUUCUGAAACUGUAGACGAAAUGACUCAUCUUCCAUUCCAUCCCCGUAGUAUGUCCUUAUUCCGUCAUCUCAGAUCAGUGGGAUGAAGUACUAACACUAAACUCGCUGCUUUGCAGACUGACACCAGAGCAUCGUCUCUGCCUCCUCUUUUAUAUACCUUCCUCUUUUUCCUCUACCUUCUUUUUGCUUCCUGUUUUGCUCUAAUCACAAAACGGAUAUAAAACUAGACUAUGAAUGUAGGGCACAAGCCAGCCAAGGGCUUCUCAAUUUUGUCUUUCGUCAUGCGGGAUUGGGAAUUUUUGGUAAUCUUCCAUGAAUUAGGGUACGCCUUUCUGCUCCUGUGCCUCCUGCUAACUGUCUAAAAUGUAAAGUAUGUGCCUCUCGCUCACACACUCGCUCUCCCCUCUUGCCUAGCCCUUCUCUAACUCUUAUUUACAAUAGACAUCUGGAUGUUUGUUUUUGUUUUUUUUUCUCUACUUCAUUUGCUUGAUUUCAGUAUAUCUGAGUAGACCAUCACGGGCCUCAGGUGAGCUUCAUUUCCACUUCAGUUUAUUACGAACGAAUGGACAACGAACCUACAAAAAAGUUGUGCUUUUACAUUAAUAAGAAGGUAUUUCUACUCUACACAGCUGUAAUUAAAAAAGUAGGAGGGAAUAAAAAAAGAAUCAGUGAUCAUUUAAUGUAUAUUAUGAAUGCUGUUAAUUGAUUUUUUUUCUUUUCUUUUUGACAAUAAUUUGUAUAUGGAGAAGAGAACAUUUGUAAGAUAUGAAUAAGCUGCCAUGUGGCUUCAGCGUUAGCAGUUCUGAGUGUGUGAGUGUGUGUGAGAGAGAGAAAGAAAUGCAAAGAAUGAGUGAUGAGCGCUAAUGGGGGGGGUGUUAGUGGAUAAAACAAUAAAGAUUGAGCAUCUGCAGAAAUGUGAUUUCUCUUAUUUAAAGGUGAAGCAUACUUCUCUGUGAAUGAACAUGAAGCAGGCAAUGAUAGAUUUAAAAGAUGAUGAUGAUUAUUAUUAUUAUUAUUAUUAUUAUUAUUAUUAUUAUUAUUAUUAUUAUUAUUAUUAGAUUGAGGCCAGUGUCUCAAAAUUUGACAGUGAUAUCGAGAGCAAGCUCUAAUCAGUAUAUGUUGGCUUUAUUCAUUUCGGGCGUGGUGCGAGUGGCCCACUUCUCUUUAGCCACAAGGCAUAUGGUCUGUUUUUUUUCCUCUGAAAAACCUGAUCUUAGCACUAGAACAAGUCUACUGCCUCCCGCUAAUGUCGGCUAUUCGCAGAUCUGAAGUGAAGAUGUGAAUAUUUUUGUACAGAGAAACAUUGUGAAGGUGUUGAAUAAGUGUAUAAUUAUGUGAAGCGAAGUGUGAGUGUGUGUGAGAGAGAGAGAGAAAGAAAGAGAGAGAUAUCAUAGUGAUAAAACUGGAGUCAGUGCAAUUGUCCUGUAGAAUGUUAUCUUGGCAAAGGUUUAUUAUUUAUUAGGAAGGGACUAGCUGGAAUUAUUAUUUUGUUUCAGAUUUUAUUAUUUAUGUUGUGGUAAAGUGGUGAAUCACAUUUAUUUCGUACUUUAAGGGCACGUUGGCCAUUUACUUUUGUUAUUGUCACUGUGUUUGUAAGUCCAAUCGUUCUGUCCUGCCCGAUUGUUCAUUGUCACGGAUCCGUCAGCUGGUGCGACCGGAUCCGAUUAAAUAAAAAUCAUUUUUAAAUCA